AUGUCGGCGGCAAUAAGCUCGCGUCUAAGACGACUUGCAAAAGAACUUCAGGAUUGCCAGGACACCGGCGUUAAUUUGCAGCCAUGCAAUCCAGGUGAUUUAACUCAUCUCGAAGCUUCUCUGCCAGUUCCACCAGAUACACCUUACUUCGGAGGCACCUACACUAUCAGCGUAUUGGUCCCGGAUGAAUAUCCAUUUGCAAAGCCGUCAAUGAAGUUUAACCAAAAGAUAUAUCAUCCGAAUGUGAAUCCUGAUACGGGUGAGAUUGCACCAGGUGCUCUUGGCUCAUGGGACCCAACCAAUACUAUGAAAGCAACAUUGGCUACAAUAGCCCAGCUACUUCAGCAUCCCGACUCACGAUACCCUCUUAAUCAAGAAGCAGACUUGCAGUCUCGGGAGAUCCCGUCUCUCUUCAAAGAAAGGGCACAAGAGUGGGCUGUCAAGUACGCAGGAGCCCCAGUUACAGAAACGGAUAGUGCUAGUUACGGGGGGUACAACCGCAAUCUGAUCGAUCAAUUUGUUACCCUGGGAUAUGAUAAAGACGCCGUCGUAAAGGCGUUUGAGUACGUUGGAAUUGAUCGCAAUAAUGGCGAAGACUAUACUCUUGAGGAAGCUUAUCAAGGCGAUAUUCUGGCAAAACUCACCGACGGCUGA